UAAACAGGGACAACAGCGCCUACUACGGUCACAGAAUUUGGUGUAACACCGGAAGUGUCUGCCCAGAGUUUGUCGAAGUGCUAACGGCUACGCUAAUGCAUUUCAGAGCGCAAUACGAUUCUCUGACUGAAUGUGUCAUCUCCAUCCCGGACACAAAUUUACACACUAUCGCCAUGCUACCGCAGCAGUGAACCUUCUUCACGGCAAUAAAAAGAAACGACUGCAUAUUCUUCUGCUUAUCCAAGCGGUGAAACUAGGCAGGUGUGAAUGACAGACGUGGUGUCUACCACCGCCCUCAGUGAAAUAAAGCUCCGCCUACUCUGCCACGAUGACAUAGAGAGAAUAAAAGUACUCUGUGGCGAGUGGUUUCCCAUUGAGUAUCCAGACUCAUGGUACCAUGACAUCACAUCAAAUAAGAAGUUCUUCUCUCUGUCUGCCACCUUUAGAGGUGGAAUUGUCGGGAUGAUUGUGGCAGAAAUAAAAAGCAGAACGAAAGUGCACAAAGAGGAUGGAGACAUAUUGGCCUCCAGCUUUCCUGUUGACACUCAAGUUGCGUACAUCCUGAGUUUAGGGGUCGUGAAGGAGUUUCGAAAACAUGGAAUAGGCUCUCUGUUGCUGGACAGUUUAAAGGAGCACAUCUCCACCACGGCACAGGACCAUUGUAAAGCCAUCUACUUGCAUGUGCUCACCACCAAUAACACUGCCAUUCACUUCUAUGAGAACAGAGACUUUAAACAGCACCACUAUUUACCGUAUUAUUACUCUAUACGAGGAGUGCUGAAGGAUGGCUUCACCUACGUCCUCUACAUCAAUGGUGGACAUCCUCCAUGGACUAUCUUUGAUUAUAUUCAUCGUAUAGGUUCGGCACUGGCCAGUCUGAGCCCCUGCUCAAUUCCUCAGAGAAUUUACAGGCAAGCACAGAAUCUGCUGCGCAGCUUUCUGCCGUGGUCGAGCAUCUCUUCCAAGAGACAUGAAAUAUUGAAAGCAGUAACUGAAAUGUUUUUCAUAAUCUUACCCGAUAGUCUCUGAAUAGUGAAGCACCCUCUAGUGUUCAUUGAGUGGAUGGUAGACUAGAGGGGAUUUUUUUUAUGUUCACAAAAUGAAUUGUAUUUGUUGUAUUGCUCUUGCAUCCCUCC